CUUGUCAUUAAAGAUUUUCUAACAUAAUUAAUAAUAAUCGUCACUUAUACAUCUCGUACACUAUCUAAAGCCAAACCUACACUUACUUCCUUCGUUUAUUUUAGUGCAUCACAUUCUAACUCGAUCGUUAUAAUAGAAGUGCAUCACUUUCUAAAUCGGUCGUUUUUUAAUUUACUCCAUUCAGUUCCCCUUCCUAAAAACUCAAUGCAAAGCAAACUGAUACACUUAAAAAAGAACAAUCAUUUUCUCCGUGGCCAGUUGACACACACCAAAACAUUAACCGGGUAAUCCCUAACUGACCGACUAACCCCUGACCGAUCGAGUAACCCCGAGAUAAACCCUUGAAUAAAAACCCCAACCACAUGGUAUAACCAACCACCUAUAAAACUUUGUGAAAAAAGAAACGAAUAAAGUAAUUCGAAAUAAAAGGAGCACUUUUAUAGACUAUCCUAAGCAAACAAAUAAUAAUAACACAAUAAUCAUCAAUCAAAACUCACUCUCAAAUCUCAAUAAUGCAUUGGUUGUGACACUAUAAUAUAGACAGAAUAAAGCAAAACUUAAAAUGAAAGACACAAAAUGAUGGGGACAACCCCCCACUUUUUCCCCAGUUAUUAGGCCAUACCACUACAUCAGACUAUAUAUCAGUCCACUUUUAUUCACAAGGUACGCGUAAAACUUGGUCUAUCCAUCUUCUCUAUGUUCCCGCCGCCAGCUUUCCUUGUUUUUGUAUUCUUCUCUCUUUCUUCUCUGUUUCCAGCUUGGAUAUUACAGUAUUACAAAUUAUACUGAAUUUGUUCAACUGAAAUUCUUUCUAUUCUACCUUUUGUAUUUUAAAUUACAAGCAAACUCAACAUCUUCUUAAGCAAGGAAGAUAAUAGAAAAAGUGAAGUAAAGUAAAGGGUAGUAUUGUAGAGUUAGUUUUGAACAAUCAAAGAAAAAUGGUGAAGAACAACAAGAAGCAACUACAACAUCAACAAUCUUACAUUGCUGUUUCUUCUGAAAUCAUAAAUUCUCUCUCAUCUUCUUCUCUACAAUCUCUUCUUGUAUCCCAUCAUCAACCUCAGAUUAAAAGGUGUUCAAAUAAGCCAAAGAAAUGGGUCAAAAAUCCAAUGUUUUUGCUAAUUUUCACUAUCUUUUUGUUGGGUUUUCUGGGUAUGGUUACGCUUUACUUCCUGAAUCUCCCGAAUGCGUGUAACCAGCAUCAGCUGCGAGACGAAGAAGUCGUAGAGUUUAAAAGUAAAAUGACAAGUAAAUUCGAUUCGAGUGAAGAUUUCUGGAAUCAGACGAAUGGGUUCGGACUCGGGUAUCGGCCGUGUUUGGAGUUCAGCCAAGAGUAUAGACAGACGAGUGAGGAGAUAGUGAAGGAUAGGACUAAUUAUUUGAUGGUGGUUGUUAGUGGUGGGAUGAAUCAGCAGAGGAAUCAGAUUGUUGAUGCUGUUGUUAUUGCUAGAAUUCUUGGAGCUGCUCUUGUUGUACCUGUUUUUCAAGUGAAUGUUAUAUGGGGAGAUGAAAGUGAGUUUUCUGAUAUUUUCGAUUUGGAGCACUUCAAGAGGGUGCUUGCUGAUGAUGUAAAAAUAGUUUCGUCUCUCCCAUCAACGCUGUUGAGGAUUAAACCAGUUGAAGAGAGUCAAACUCCCUUUCAUGCCACUCCUCAUUGGAUCCGCCAUCACUACCUUGGAAAGCUGAAAAAGUAUAAUGUUUUGUUGUUGCGUGGUCUGGACUCCAGGCUCUCUAAAGAUCUCCCAUCUGAUCUUCAGAAGCUCCGUUGUAAGGUAUCGUAUAUGUCUUACCAUGAUUAUCUGUUACUGUAUUAUUUUUUUGAAUGUGAAUUGUUUCUUACCAAUUUUCUCUCGCUUGCAAAGGUUGCAUUUCAGGCACUCAAAUUUGCUCCUCACAUUCUACAAUUUGGUAACAAAAUUGCUGAGAGGAUGAGCAGUGAAGGCCCUUAUGUUGCUCUCCAUCUGCGAAUGGAAAAAGAUGUGUGGAUAAGAACUGGAUGUUCACCUGGCUUGAGCCCAGAGUACGAUGACAUGAUAAACAAUGAGAGAAAGCGGCGCCCUAAGCUUCUUACUGGCAAGUCCAACAUGACUUCCCAUGACAGAAAGCUUGCAGGACUUUGCCCCUUGAAUGCCUUUGAGGUUGCUCGGUUGCUCAAAGCUCUUGGUGCUCCAAAAAGUGCAAGAAUAUACUGGGCUGGAGGACAACCACUUGGUGGCAAAGAUGCCUUGCUUCCUCUCAUUACAGAAUUCCCUUACUUUUACAACAAAGAAGAUCUUGCACUGCCUGGUGAACUAGAACCGUUUGCAAACAGAGCCUCGUUCAUGGCUGCCAUCGACUAUAUAGUCUGUGAGAAGAGUGAUGUAUUCAUGGCAUCUCAUGGUGGAAACAUGGGACAUGCUCUCCAGGGACAGAGGGCUUAUGCAGGGCACAAGAAGCAUAUAACUCCCAAUAAGAGACACAUGCUGCCCUACUUCAUGAAUUCUUCUCUGCCUGAAACUGAGUUCAACAAAAUCGUGAAGGAACUCCACCACGACUCUUUAGGGCAGCCAGAUUUAAGGAUAGACAAGCCAGGAAGAGAUGUUACCAAGUAUCCUAUCCCAGAGUGCAUGUGCAAUACUUCUUCAAACAGUCAUUCCUCUGCUUGAAAACUCACACUUAAUUCGUUUCCUCAUCACGUAUACUUGUCAAGUCUUAGGAAUGGGACGUGGAAUAAUCACUCGAAGAGAGCUAAGCUAAGACAAAUAUUCGGCAAGUAUAACCGGAUGAUAUUCAUACUAACAGAACCUCUCUUACACCUUAAAAGCGCAAUCUUUGGUGCACUUCUGUGCACGGUUAUUCCUUUAUUCUUUCCAUUCUUUAAUAGAUUUUGUUUAGCUUAUACACCCAGUAACUUUGUAAUUUUUUUUUCUUUUUUUGCUUUAUCACAUCCUAUACUUGUAUAUAUGUACAGAUAGCAACACAAUCAAGAUUUAUACGUUUAUUUAUUUCCUUUUCGAUGUAGAACAUGCGAUAUUGUAAUGCAAGAAUCAAUAUCAAUAUUAUUAAAUAAAAGUUAUAUGUAGUAGUAGAUGAUUACUGCAGCAUAAUUCU